GACCGCGUGUGCGAGUGUGUGAGACUCCCUAUACUGCCUCAAAUGAUCUCGUCAGCUUCAUCCUCUCCUCUUACGUUUUGUACUCAAGAGUGAGAACUUGGUCAGAUACUAACGACAACCCGAUUCCUUUGGCCUAAUGAGGUAUAGCUUUACGACCUCGCAAAUCGGACAUUUUACGCAAUGACAAAUGCGAAAACCCGUCGCCGUUAGUUAACUCCGCUGGAGCUGCCUACCUACCUACUUUACUUUGGUCCCCUCGCCCAACCAAUCCCCCAUUUUCCUGUUCAUUUUACGUUGAAUCAACAGCCUGCCUUUCUUGUUCUAGAAGCUCUUCUCCUCAAGCUGAGGACCCUUGCUUCACAUCAGAUUUUAUUUCAUUCUCGGGUCGAGAAUAUCAACUCUAAAAUCAUCUGUCACUGACCCACACACAUUUGCCGGCACUGCUGCUAUUCCGGUUGUGGCUGGACUAAUAGAUCAUCAACUCCAAACACCCCUACGAACAUCACAUUCGGCGAUCCGGUAAGAGUUGGGACUUGUCGGAUUCUGAAUACCGGACUCGAAUUUCAUCGUUUUUGUGUUUUGGACUCUCCCGGUCCAAGAGCUGAGGCCGUCCGGCGCUUCCGUCCGCAGACACGGAGACAUCGCCCGGUCACCUCGGAAGGGUCCUUGAAGCCCAUGACGACGCCCGAAAGCAAAAGCACUUAGAGUUGUUGUUUCCUGCCCGUGGUUCGUUCGUUCGUUGCGUACUUCUGUAGUCGCUGGGGCUUUCUGGAUGAUCUGGCCGUUCUCUAUAUAACAUUCACAGACACUGCAUCGUCACAUAAGGUAGAUAGCAUGCGCAAGUCAACAACGCCACAGCCAACUGGUCCAGAGAGCAUCUCCUCUGCGCGGGUCUCCAAGCUUGCCAGAAGACCGCACCGUAAAUCGAGAAACGGAUGCUUCAACUGCAAGAGGAGAAAAGUAAAGUGUGACGAGGUGAAGCCAGCUUGUGCCAACUGCGUGCGCUUUGGCAUACCCUGCGAUUUUGCACCACAACCACCUUCUAGUGACGACUCAGCGCCGCACACUUCUCCUCCUGAGAUACUAUCAGUUUUAGCAGAACCUGCCACGACGCCGCGACGUGGCCCUGGAAGGCCACGCAAGGACUGGGCUGCACUCACGCGACCACCACCUCCUCCCCCGCCAGCAUCAGACAGGACGACUACAUCGCCGUCUUCGACGUCAGCUACCCCAGUUUCCUCUUCAACCAUAUCAAACUCGCAGAUAUGUUCCUUAAAUAUUGCUGACGCCGAGUUACUCUUCCACUUCAUGGCCAAUACCUCAAGGACCUUACACGAUGCUGACGACCCUGUCGAUGAUAUCGCAUCGUUCUGGGCGCGAAAUGUCCCCCAGAUCGGCCUUUCCUACCAUUUCGUCCUCCAUAUGAUGUAUGCUCUAGCAGGGUAUCAUCUGGUAUACCAAGAACCAAAAGGGACUGAACGGCAUUCCCAGAGCCUCGCUCUCGCGGCGCAUCAUGCAGAGCUUGGAAUUUACGAAAUGAACAGAACUUUAACGAACCUUAACGAAGCAAAUUGUGGCGCUCUCUAUGUCGCAGCGGUGCUCGUCUGCUACUGCACCUUUGCAGCUGGACCAACAGGUCCCGACGACCUGCUUGUGUGUGUUAUUGGCGAGGGGAUCUCGCAAAGAUGGCUUCCCGUGAUUCAUGGAGUCCGGUUGAUCCGACAGAGCAUUGAACCAGCAACGCUCUUUACGGGCCUCAUGGCUCCUCUCGGUGGCGGUGGCACAAAUUCAGAGAUGAAAGAUACAAAACCAGAUUUUAUGGUUAUGGGGUUCUCGUACAUUGAUUGGGUUGGGCCACUUGAGAAGCUUCGACUAUGGAUAGCGUCUCACGAGAAUCCAGAUACUGCCUUGUACCUGAGGGUACACAAAAGCUUGUGCGAUGUUUACGAGGCCAACUUUGGCAACGCCGAGGGCCUUGUCCAAGUACCAAAGAUGAAUAAGUUUGUGUUUGGCUGGCUGUACCGCAUGCAAGAUCUGUUUGUCGGGUGUCUUCAGCGAAAGGCACCUCAGGCUCUUCUUUUGAUGGCGUAUUAUGUCCCUUUGUUCAGGACAAUGAAAAGGUCAUGGUUCAUGGAAGGGUGGGCAACGCAUCUGCUCGAAACGAUAAGAGGUUUGUUAAGUGCGGACUUGAUAGGUUGGUUGGACUGGCCGGUAGAAAUAAGUCGGCAGCCUGAGUGAUAACAAAGAUAGAAUGGAACAUGAUGAACAAACUGGAUCUUGACCGCCACUGGACGAUGGCCUAAUAGUGCUGUUUCAGAAAUCCCUGUUGUGAUGUGACUUUCGAAUAGAUACUGAAGCUCGCGGCGAAAGUGUCAGUCAAAAUAUAUGUUAACUAUGGGUC